ACCGAUGAAGAAAAUAACGACCUCCACCGAUCCUCUUCUCUCUCUCUCUCGUUCACUUGCAGUGUCGCUUGCUGCUUUCAUUCUUCAUUUGACACGAAGACACACAAGUUGGUCUCUUUCUUUCCUAAUUUAGAAGAUAGAGAGAACCCAAAUCUCUUUCAGAUCCGAGUCUCUCUCAAUCUGACAAUCUCCUUCUUUCUCUCUAUCGAUUUUCAUACACUGCCUCGAUCUGUCAUCUGUCUCUUUCGAACCUCUUGGGUAAUUGUAUUCAAAACUUUUGCAAGUGGUGAAAUAUCAUCAAUUCCUUUGCAGUACUGGAGUCUUCAAUUACUAGUAGUAGUCUGCAUCCUUUAAGUCGGAACAUUGGAUCUCCGUUUGGCUUUAUCUCAAAGAAAAAAGGGAUGAGGGGAAGAUCCGAUGGAGGGCAAAAGAAGAAGGUGAUUGCUUUGGUCUGCAUUGCAGCUGUAGUCCUUGUUUUCGUUUAUCUCUUCUAUGGCUCCUCUGAUCACAGAGCAUCAGCUAUUGAAUAUGGGAGAAAACUAGGCUUGGGUGGUGAUGAUGAUGACACCAAACAGGACGAUACUUCAAGCUCGUUUAGUCUUGAUGAUGGUUUCACUCCGAGAAGCUUUCCUGUGUGCGAUGAUCGGCAUUCAGAGCUUAUUCCUUGCUUAGACAGGAAUCUCAUAUACCAAAUGAGACUAAAGCUUGAUUUGUCUUUGAUGGAGCAUUAUGAACGCCAUUGUCCUCCUGCUGAAAGACGAUUCAAUUGCUUGAUUCCUCCUCCUAAUGGAUAUAAGGUUCCUAUUAAGUGGCCAAAAAGCAGGGACGAAGUGUGGAAAGUGAACAUACCUCAUACUCACCUUGCACAUGAGAAGUCUGACCAAAAUUGGAUGGUUGUCAAAGGAGACAAGAUUAACUUCCCUGGUGGAGGCACACAUUUUCAUUAUGGGGCUGAUAAGUAUAUUGCAUCAAUGGCUAAUAUGCUUAACUAUCCGAACAACGUUUUGAACAACGGUGGAAGGCUAAGGACAGUUUUUGAUGUUGGUUGUGGUGUUGCGAGCUUUGGUGGUUAUCUUCUAUCAUCUGAUAUCCUCACAAUGUCAUUGGCUCCAAAUGAUGUGCAUCAGAACCAAAUCCAAUUUGCUCUCGAGAGAGGGAUUCCAGCCUCCCUUGGUGUGUUAGGGACGAAGAGGCUCCCAUACCCAAGCAGAUCGUUUGAACUUGCUCACUGUUCACGCUGUAGAAUCGAUUGGCUUCAAAGGGAUGGGAUUCUUCUUCUGGAGCUAGACAGAGUACUCAGGCCUGGUGGUUAUUUUGCAUAUUCAUCUCCAGAAGCAUAUGCACAAGAUGAAGAGGACCUCAAAAUCUGGAGAGAAAUGAGUGCUCUUGUAGAGCGUAUGUGUUGGAAGAUAGCAGCAAAAAGGAACCAAACUGUUAUUUGGCAGAAACCUAUGACAAAUGAUUGUUAUCUGGAAAGAGAACCUGGAACUCAGCCUCCUCUUUGCCGUUCUGAUAGUGACCCUGAUGCUGUGUGGGGCGUAAACAUGGAAGCCUGCAUUACUCCUUACAGUGACCAUGACCACAAAACCAAGGGAAGUGGAUUAGCUCCAUGGCCAGCUCGGUUAACCUCUCCUCCUCCUAGGCUUGCUGAUUUUGGAUAUUCAACUGGCAUGUUUGAGAAGGACACGGAACUUUGGAGGCAGAGAGUGGAUAUUUAUUGGGAUCUCUUGAGUCCUAGAACUGAAUCAGAUACAGUGAGAAACAUAAUGGACAUGAAAGCGAGCAUGGGAUCCUUUGCUGCUGCUCUGAAAGAAAAAGAUGUCUGGGUAAUGAAUGUUGUCCCCGAGGAUGGACCUAACACACUUAAACUGAUAUAUGACAGAGGUUUAAUGGGCGCCAUUCAUAGCUGGUGCGAAGCAUUCUCGACAUAUCCAAGGACAUAUGAUCUCCUCCAUGCUUGGGACAUUCUAUCGGAUAUCCAUAAAAAAGGGUGUAGUGAAGUGGAUUUGUUACUGGAGAUGGAUAGAAUACUGCGCCCGAGCGGGUUUGUAAUCAUAAGGGAUAAACAAAGAGUGGUGGAUUUGGUGAAGAAGUAUCUGAAGGCUUUGCAUUGGGAGGAAGUAGGGACAAAGACAGAUUCAGAUUCAGAUCAAGAUUCAGACAAUGUUGUAUUCAUUGUCCAGAAGAAGCUAUGGUUGACUAGUGACAGCCUUAGAGAUAUGGAGUGAUGAAGCCACACAACACAGUACACGGACAUUACGACCAAUGAUCCAUACAACCAGGAAAAUUUCAUUAUUUUAGCAAACAAUUAUUAUUAACGUUGUUUUUUUUUUUUUUUAACUAUUGUUAUUUCUUUACAUUCUUAUUAAUGUUUGUAUGAUUUGGUAGAGAAGACUCGUAAAAGUAAAGAUCGAUACAAAAACUCCAAAUUCUUUUUAAUUGUUAUGGUAUAAGGGUUUUUAA